AUGAGUGCUAAAUUGCGUAAAUUACCUGGUCAAGGUAGCAAAGCGUUGGAUCCACCGAUCACUUCUCCUUCAUCGAGAUCGUCUGUUUUGUCCGUCGUGACAAAUGACGCUUCCUUAUUGAUGGCGGCCUCGGGCAUCUGUACUAUGGCAUUGUCGGGGUUGCUCUCUUUUGCAAUGAUAUUGUUUGACGAAGAUCUGACGUCAGUAACGCAACUGCGUCUAUUCUCACCUUCCAUGGUGACAGGAUCCGUUCUCUUGACAAUUGGCGUGCUUAAUGGAAUGCUAGAGUAUUUGACUAGAAAAACACCAGGCGAAUUGGUGCUGCCGCCUGGACACCCGGCUAUAUCACCUAACAAACUCGCAGAGAUGGAAAAAUUCGACGAGAAUGAGACCGCGUGUUAUUGGAAUAGGCGCCCAUUUUCACUUAAUUCUUCCGGGCGAUUGCCAGUGUAG